UCAACAAUGUACCUUUAAAUUCAAACUUUUGCCUCAUUCAAUUUCAAUGUUGCGCAAUUUUUGUUAUUAUAGAUUUUAUAAACAUCAAGAUUAAAAGCGUAAUAUCUACCACCACCACAUCGCAUCAAUUUUACAGAAAUGAGAGAAGAAUAUAUAGAACAAAAAUAAAGAUAUUAGAAAUACAUAGAUUGCUGACAGCAUUUUUCCUAUGUUUUUCCCAAGUUAUAGUGUGGCACAGCAUUCUCAAUUUCGCAACAGUAAUUGAUCAAAAAAAUUACAUUUAAUUGUCAUGUCAAGUCUAGAAAGUGUGACAUGUCCUGAAAAGAUUUUGUGUCCAAAACUGAAAAGCGAAUUAUAUAUUUGUCCGUGAUUGAUGUGGCAGAUGAACCUUCUUGACUUCAAGAUUUGAUAUCUGCUCAGGCAAGCCAAUUGAGGAAUCAGAUUUUGCACUGCAUUGACUAAAACUACAGGAAACCUCCUGGCCUAGAAAAAAAAUUGUGUAAAAAUUCAGUUCAAAUGCCACUUUUCUUGUCAAUAUUGAAGUAAGAAUGCAAAAACAUAGAUAAUGUUAACAAAACAAGAAGUAUACUAUUUUGUCACACAGACCAUGUUGGCACUUAUGAGGCGCCCUGGCAAUAUCUGUCCUGUGCUGGGCAAAUUUUGCAUUCAGAAACACAAGAUAAAAACCAUAUGAUUGUUCAUGCAUGCUUGACUUGAUUCAGAUGUACACAUCAAUAUGUGGUUAAGCAAUUUUAAUUCAACUUUUUAACAUUACACAGAAGAUAAUGAUUUGCGCUGCCUUUUGUGGGAGUUUUUCUUGCUUUGAGAUAUAUAGCUCUAUGCAAUUGACCAAGACCAUAGCCAUUCACCAGACAUAUGCGUACAUAUUUAUAGAAUUUUCUCUCUGUCAGCUUUUAUCUUCUGAUAACCAAAAUGACUGGCUUUUCACCAGACAUAUGCGUACAUAUUUAUAGAAUUUUCUCUCUGUCAGCUUUUAUCUUCUGAUAACCAAAAUGACUGGCUUAUAGCCGGUUGUCACAGGCUUUGAGUUAAUCAUCAUCAUCAUGUACCAUCUUCCAUCAGAAGGUUGGUACCUUGACCCUCCAACUAUCCCAAAAUCUGAGUUUUGGUUUGUUGUCAUGGUCAGAGAUAAAACAAUACAGUUCUAAAAUAAUACAGUUCUAUAUUAACUCAAAGCUUCUAAGAAAGAAUUGCCCUUCUUAGAUGCAUAUUGUGAAUUUAUUGGCUUUCCUUCAGAAAUCCUUUGAUCAUUUAGUGAGUUGCAUGACUCAGAUAUGCUUCCUCUCACCAGGGUGCAUUCCACAUGUCAACUGUACACCAAAGGUCCACCAAGCAUUUGUUUAGUAAGAAGAAUGGCAGACACAGCUUUUAAAAUUGCAAGCAAAAAUCCUCUAGAACAGUUUUUGCUCUUGGCAAAAAAUAUCAAAGGUACAGCUGUUGGUCAUUUAAUCAAGCAAGUAACAGAGGCACCAGGUGUUUAUGUAUUUGGGGAAUUGAUGAGAUUGCCAAAUAUUAAGGAGAUUGCUUCUUGCGAACUCGAGAAAGAAUGGAAUUUGUUAAAUUUAUUUGCUUAUGGGAAGUACAGCAACUACACUGCAAAUGUUCAGAACUUUCCAGAACUAAGUGAGGCACAGGUGAUGAAGCUGCGCCAUCUCACAAUCAUCGAGCUUGCAUCAAUAAACAAGCACAUUCCCUACUCCACACUUUUACAAGAACUUGGCAUGAAAAGUGUGCGCCAGUUAGAGGAUUUGGUCAUUGAAACAAUAUAUGUUGGAAUUCUUAGAGGCAAACUAGACCAGAAGAGACAGCAGCUUGAAAUCGAGUUCGUCAUUGGUCGUGAUAUCAAAGAAGAAACAAUCGAUUCUAUUGCAGAUGUUCUUGAAAAAUGGUGCAAGAGCUGCGAUGAAGUUCUUGAAAGCCUUGACAAGCAAAUAUCUCGAUCAAAUAGCACGAAGGAGCAUAGGCUGAGGCUAAAGAAGCAAAUUGAAGAGGAGACUGGCAACCUUAAAAAAGCGAUCAAAGCGCAAAGCAGUGAAAUGCCAGCAGAAGACAACGAUUCGUCCGCUUUAUUAUAUCAAAAUGUUCAACAACAAAAGCUGCAACAAAAGCAUAAUAAAAUGCUAAUGUCUGUAUUGAAACCAAAUCUCCAAAGUCGAGGAAAAUCGUCAAGGCAGUGACAGAUGAAGGUUUAUAUCCAUAUCGAAACAGGUCCAUAUCAAAACAAGCACAAGGUUUGUUAAAGUCGGAGGGUCAACAAUGUCACUGCAUUGCAGCUGUACCUGUAACGGGACUGUUCGAUUUAUGACGAAGAUUACUGCAGACAGUUGAUAUAAGCGAGCUGUGCACCCAAAAAAUCGUUCCAUUUCCGUUGGUGCUUUCUUCAGUUCUGGAUAUGAUGCUUUUCAUUAUUUUAAUAUGUAAGACAUGAAUUUCGUUAUUAGAAUUUUUCUGUGUUU